AUGGCGAGCGACAUUUUAAGUAUUGGAGGUACCCCGAUUUUUGACGAUUGUAUCAUGAGAAUAGAAACCCACACUUACAAUCCGUAUGCUAACACCACGUUCGGAUACAGCGACGAGAUACGAAUACCUAUACAACAACAGGAUCUAUAUACGUUGCCGUGCGAAAAUUUUCUAUACAUCGAGGGAAAAUUCGCAACGAGAGAGAGCGCGAAGGAAGGCACGGCGAAGGAAAUUACGAGAGCGAAGCUAAUCAACAACUGCGUCGCGUUUAUGUUUGACGAGAUUCGAUACGAGCUCAAUGGCAUGGAGAUCGAUAAGAGCAGAAAUGUCGGCAUAACGACCUUGAUGAAAAACUACGCAUCGUUGAGCUACAAGAGAGAUAAAGCUUUACAGAACACCGGAUGGGAAGUACCGCCUACAGCGUUGAACGAUUUCAACUUUUGCGUGCCUCUCUCCUCGGUUUCUGCGAGAAUUACAAACGCAUAG